AUGGUUUGGCAUCCUGUUGAUUCCACGGGCGAGUGUCUCCGAGAGAGCGGCGGGGCGACUGGUUCGGAAAGGCUGUACUAUGAGGAGAUCUCUUGCCUUUAUCCAUCGCUAAGCAAUACCUACAUGAAAUGGGAGUACGAGACGGAUUACAUCUUCAAGUUUUCUUCCAAGAUGGAGGCGAAUCCCUGGAUUCCCUUGGUGGCGUGCGCACUUUAUGUGGUGGCCAUUUUUAGCGGACAAGCCUACAUGAAGAAUCGUCCUGCCUGGAACUGGAGGAAUACCCUGGCGUUCUGGAAUCUUCUGUUGAGUGUGUUCAGCUUUGUGGGGUUCAUGCGUGUUGCCCCCCAAGUUUUGCACAACAUUUACUACUACGGGCUGAGGGAUAAUGUCUGCGAAAGUCCCUACUCUUUGGUUGGUGCUGGUCCUGUGGCCAACUGGGGCUUGUACUUCCUUUUGAGCAAGUUUGCGGAACUCUUUGAUACCUUCUUCAUUGUCAUCCACAAGAAAAAGUUGCUCUUCUUGCACUGGUAUCACCACAUCACCGUACUCUACUGCUGCUGGCACACAUGGGUCAACGAGACGCCCACUGGAUUGAUCUUUUGCGCAGUCAAUUUCGGCGUUCAUGCUAUCAUGUACUUUUACUACUUCUUGAUGGCUGUUCGCUGCAAGCCCAAGUGGUUCAACCCUAUUGUAAUUACAGUGACUCAAAUUGCUCAGAUGGUUGUGGGUGUCUUCCUUACAUUCAGUUCUCUGAACUAUGUUGGAAGCGAGGGUUGCUGGGCCAACAUGACCAACAUCCAAGGAACUCUUGUGAUGUAUGCCAGUUACCUGUUCUUGUUCUUGCAAUUCUUCUUCAAACGCUAUGGUGUGGGAAUUCGAAAGACCAAGAAGGUCGACUAG